CGCGAGCCGGUAAGCAGCAAAUGGACCCCAUGAACAUAUCUACAAGCCUUCUCCUGCGUCAUUCACUCGUUAGAACAUGGCGAAGCGAAAGAUUGGCAGCGGUCGGGCAUGUCAAGCAUUAGCGGCUGCCUUUCUGGUGAGCACUCCCGCGGCUGCGGCUUUUGCUACGGCGUCUCUCUGCAUUACGGCAUCACCGUGUAGGUUUACUUCUACACGAAGUCUCUCCAGCUAUCCUACAGAUGAGGGUGCUGCGGAAUCUCAGGCGAAUGACAAACUCUCCAGACUCAAAGACAUGCUGCAGCAGACAUCGUCGGAGGAUUACCAUGGAGUAAGGGAAAAUUCCCCGAUUGCGAAUGGGGACUUAAAAGUAUCGUCAGCCAUGGGCGAGGAUCUAGUCGACAGCAUGCCAGAGCUCUCGUCGCAGGGCCUCUACCAAAUCUUUAGCCAAAAGCAGCAUAACGCUUUGCUGGAAGCAAAUCCAGACAAGCUUAUUGUCGUCAAAUUUAAAGCUUCCUACUGCCGGGCUUGUGCAGCGUUGGAUCCGAAAUUUCUUAUGGUCCGGAACGAUGAGAAGUUGGCUCAUUUGCCUAUCGUUUGGGCCGAGUUCACCGCGACUUUGGACACCAAAGGCUUUUUUCGCCGACUAGGUGUCCUUUCAUUACCAACUGUACAAUUCUACGACGGUGAUGCUGGCCUCGUUGAGAAUUUUCCAUGCGGUCCGGCGAACUUUCCCAAACUUCAACAAAAACUAGCUCAAUUCCUCAAUCGCCGAGUGGACCCAGACUCGUUUCAGCUGAAACCGCGAAAUCCAGAAGAUGGAACGCCCACUAUUCCGCGCAGAAGUCGUGAUAUCCGAAUAGGAGAUGAACUUAUAAUGCAGGAGCACGUUGACUUUCUACGCAAUGAUCUUUCCUUUUUUCAAGCCCUCACGGACGAUGAGUUCGUGACAAUGAUUUCUAAAGCGCGCCUGGAAACUUUCUUACCCGGCGAUGUUAUAAUUCGCCAAGGAUUACCCGGCAAAACCUUUUAUGUACUCAAAUCUGGGGCAGUAGAGAUGUACAUCCGCAGCAAGUUUGAUGAUCCCAUCUCAACUCCGGCUUGGUAUUUGGGUGCUGUGGUCAACCAACUGGGCAAGUUUGACUACUUUGGGGAGCGCGCGCUUUCUACUGGAGAGCCCUACCGUGCUAGUGUCCGUGUAUUGGAAAAAUGUCGUUGUUUUGCGUUCAGCGUAGAAGACAUUCCUGACAGCUCCAUUCUGAGUCUGAAACGUCGGGCUACUCGAUCCAUGAUUGCUAAACUAACGGAACGCUACGAACUCCCGGAAGACUAUUAUAAGCCAACAUAUGUUUCGCAGGAAAAGCAAAAGGACGAGAACAUUUUGGAACUUCUCGUGCGCUUUAAACAGAUUCGCCAGGCGGCCAAGUGUUUAGAAUACGUCUUGAAAGCCGAGCCACUUUUCGGAGACGAAGGCGAGAUUGUCCGUCGCAGUCUUCUUGCUUCCAAGUUGACCCCCUCACAACGACAGGAUUUUAUCGAUGUGUUUAACAUUGCAGAUAACAAAGGGUCUGGUAAAAUUAGUAUUCUCGAACUCCGACGAUUCAUGCAAGGGGCCCGUAAGAAGUCGACAAACGAUGAACUCCUCGAAAUGAUUCACAAGGCGAACCCUAGUAUCACCGAUAAAACUCUUGAACGUGGCAUUUCUUUGGACGAGUUUCUUGGAGUCAUGGCGGAAGCCGAAUUCUACUAUCUCUUCACAGACAUUUUUCAAGAUUUGGAUCCCACGGGUACCGGCUACGUCCGUGCGGGUGAUUUGGAUGAAGUCUUAGAUGGUGUUCGAGAUUUGAUCAGCAACGAUCGAAAGAGUUUGAUCGACGUCGAAGAUCAAGAAAUGCAGGUUGACUACGAACAAUUUGCUAAGAUGCUACUAGGGGCCGCCUUGUAA